GACUGUAUCCUAUUCACUCCAAAAUGUGUUGGAAGACGCUUAUUUGCAGGAAAUGUCACGUUUUAGGGUUUCUUUCCCACCGUUCCUGCUCUUUAUUUUUCACACCAAAUUGCGAGGCUCCUACUUUAUUCUAACUUUUGAGUUGUUGCAAUCACUGAAAAAGUUUAUGCAUGUUAAAAUGUAAUAAACUCAUCAGACAGUCAGAAGGAGCGGUGCAUAGCAAGUUGUCUCCUGGGGAUUGGAGGGGGUUUGCCCAGACAGCCCCAGUAGGGGUUGUGGAGGGAUAUGCUAAUAAAGACUAGCCUCUCUGGACCAGCCUCCCAUAACAACAUGUAUAUAUAAAGAGCCCCGUGCCCCAGAGAAAGGACACUUUGCUUCGCAUCCCUAAUUACUUAGGAAAUUGCCCAAGAAAACUGCAGUGUGAUGUGCUGAGACUGGCUCGCUGCAGUCCAGACCUAGCACCGCUCUGUAUUAGCUGUUGUAAAGAUGGAGGUGAUGGAUAGUUGCCAGUUUUCUCCAUCCGAGUUCUUCUAUGACAGCUCCUGCAUCUCUUCCCCGGAAGCCGAGUUUGGGGAUGAUUUCGAACACGGGCUUGCUGCCUUCGGAGCCCACAAAACAGACGGUCCGUGGUCAGACGAAGAGGAGCAUGUCAGAGCCCCCACAGGGCAUCAUCAAGCCGGCCACUGCCUCAUGUGGGCUUGCAAAGCCUGUAAGAGAAAGUCCACUACCAUGGACCGGAGGAAGGCAGCCACCAUGCGCGAGAGGAGGCGCCUGAAGAAAGUGAACCAGGCUUUCGACACGCUGAAGAGGUGCACUACUGCCAACCCCAACCAAAGGCUCCCCAAAGUGGAGAUUCUGAGAAACGCCAUCAGGUACAUCGAAAGCCUGCAGGAGGUCUUGAGAGAGCAGGUAGAAAACUACUACAGCCUGCCAGGACAGAGCUGCUCUGAACCCACCAGCCCAACUUCCAGCUGCUCCGACGGGAUGGCCGAAUGCAACAGCCCUGCCUGGCCCCGGCGGAACAGCAGGUUUGACACUGUCUAUUGCCCGGACACACACAGCGACAAAAGUACUACACUGUCCAGCUUGGACUGUUUAUCCAGCAUCGUGGAUCGUAUCUCUUCCACCUCUGAUCAAGCUGCGCUGCCGUUUCUGGACACCGCCUCCCUUUCUGCAAACGCCAGCCUCGAUUCCCAGCCAGGCAACCCUAGGACCCCUCCUCAUUCCAGGCUCAUCUAUCACGUAUUAUGAGCUCUGAGACUUGAAACCAACUCCAGCCACUGCUUUUACGUGGGGAGAAAGAAACUCACGCAAUUAACUAUGCAGGUGGAAUCGACGCAUUUCAACCUAUGUAUAUAAAGGAGAAGCUUUUUAAACUGUAUGUUUGUGAAUAAUGUUGCCAGGAGAUGUAUUUAUCUAACGCAUUCUUGACACAUUUUAGUCCUUUUUUGACUUUUCUUAUAUUGUUACCAGCUUAGCUUUUUGGCUAGCGUAAACAUUGUGCCAGGAAACAGAAGGCUGUAACAAGUGGCUUCCUGCGAAGUUUUUAUAAAAAUGCUAACGUUAUAUUUUCAUAAUGGUCUGUCUUAACGCUCUUGGUUAGAGGAGGCACUUUUAUUCCACCUGAAACAACAAAGCAGGUAAAUGCUCUCUUGCAAACAACAUUAAACAUAUUUGUCUCAUCAGAUACAAAUGUAUGAAAUACAGAGAAAACAUUGUUGCCUAAUGCUCCGUAGUUUAUUUCCAUUCAUGGGAUGCUUUUUGUUGUAAGUUUCUCUGUAUUUCUGUGGGGACCGAGGGUUCUCAAAAUAAAAGCAUCUGAAAUUGUCAAAGGUUGGGAAUACAUGGUAUUCUGAAAACCCCACU